CCCCGUGCCCCCCGCUUCUGGGGCUCCGUCCAGCAUGGAGAAGAGCUCCAGCUGCGAGAGCCUCGCCUCCCAGCGGGCACCUUCGGCCACCCGCCAGCCCAGCAUUGAUUCUCUCUCCAGUGCUUCCACUUCUCACUCAGAUCAUUCUGCACACACAAAAUCUGCUUCAAUCGUCUCAUCAGAUUCCAUCUCCACCUCUACAGAAAAUUUUUCUCCAGAUUUAAGGGUCCUCAGGGAAUCUAAUAAACUGGCUGAAAUGGAGGAGCCUCCAUUGUUACCGGGAGAAACCAUUAAGGACAUGGCAAAAGAUGUCACUCACAUCUGCCCAUUUACUGGAGCUAUAAGAGGAACCUUGACUGUCACAAAUUACAGGCUAUAUUUUAAAAGCAUGGAAAGGAACCCUCCUUUUGUUCUAGACGGUCCCCUUGGUGUUAUCAACAGAGUAGAGAAAAUUGGAGGAGCUUCAAGUCGUGGUGAAAAUUCUUAUGGCCUGGAGAUUGUGUGUAAGGAUGUCCGGAACCUUCGCUUUGCACAUAGGCCUGAGGGUCGUACAAGAAGAUCCAUAUUUGAGAACUUAACAAAAUAUGCGUUUCCAGUAUCUAAUCAUUUGUCUCUUUUUGCAUUUGAAUACAAAGAGGUUUUCCCAGAAAAUGGUUGGAAGGUUUAUGAUCCUGUUUUGGAGUACAGGAGACAGGGAAUUCCAAAUGAAAGCUGGAGAAUUACCAAAGUCAAUGAACGGUAUGAACUUUGUGAAACCUAUCCUGCUCUCCUAGUGGUUCCUGCCAAUAUUCCAGAUGAAGAACUGAAGAAAGUAGCUACAUUUCGGUCCCGAGGGCGCAUACCUGUUUUGUCAUGGAUUCACCCAGAGAGCCAAGCCACGAUCACACGUUGCAGCCAGCCAUUGGUCGGAGUGAGUGGCAAACGGAGCAAAGAAGAUGAAAAAUACUUGCAGUCCAUCAUGGAUUCCAAUGCCCAGUCCCAUAAAAUAUUCAUCUUUGAUGCCAGGCCGAGUGUGAAUGCUGUAGCCAACAAGGCUAAAGGAGGAGGCUAUGAAAGUGAAGAUGCCUAUCAGAAUGCCGAGCUCAUCUUCCUGGACAUCCAUAAUAUCCAUGUUAUGAGAGAGUCAUUGAGGAAACUGAAAGAGAUUGUAUAUCCUACCAUAGAAGAGACUCACUGGCUGUCUAAUUUGGAAUCCACUCACUGGUUGGAACAUAUCAAGCUCAUCCUCGCCGGCGCCCUUCGGAUUGCAGACAAAGUGGAAUCCGGGAAGACCUCGGUGGUCGUUCAUUGCAGCGACGGCUGGGACCGGACUGCCCAGCUCACUUCGCUCGCUAUGCUGGUGCUGGAUGGCUACUACCGUACGAUACGCGGCUUUGAGGUGCUGGUGGAGAAGGAAUGGCUGAGUUUUGGGCACAGAUUCCAGCUGAGAGUAGGACAUGGAGAUAAGAAUCACGCGGAUGCAGACCGAUCUCCUGUUUUUCUCCAGUUUGUGGAUUGUGUCUGGCAGAUGACAAGACAGUUUCCCACAGCCUUUGAAUUCAACGAGUGCUUUCUCAUCACCAUCCUGGAUCACCUCUACAGCUGUUUGUUUGGGACAUUCCUCUGCAACAGCGAGCAGCAGAGGGUGAAAGAGGAUCUUCUCAAAAGAACAGUGUCCCUGUGGUCCUACAUCAACAGCCAACUUGAGGACUUUACCAACCCUCUGUAUGCCAACUACAGCAACCACGUUUUGUAUCCCGUGGCCAGCAUGCGCCAUCUAGAGCUUUGGGUUGGGUACUACAUCCGGUGGAACCCACGGAUGAAACCACAGGAGCCGGUGCACACCCGUUACAAGGAGCUCCUGGCGAAACGAGCAGAGCUCCAGAAGAAAGUGGACGAGCUGCAGCGAGAAAUUACCAACCGCUCCACAGCGUCUUCUGAGAGGGCUGGCUCUCCCGCUCAGUGUGUUACCCCAGUCCAGACUGUGGUCUAACAUGGCAAAGACAUUCGAAUCCCUCCAGAACCACGUUGCAAGGCAACCUCUUUGGGAAAGGAGACUUUACAGAGAGAUCUCUGAACUUCGGAUGGCACCCAUCCUGGUGUCUAAAUGCUUUAUUUAUUGUGCUUCUUCCCUCCAGCGGUAUUUUAUUGGGGCUAUAACACUACAGAAAGCAAAAGCUUUUUUAUUUUGAAGGGCCUCCUAUAUAAUUAAUCUUCUUGAGGGAUGAUUAGAAGGAAACUGACUGCAUUGGCCUCCCAAAUCAAAACUAGAACACGGAGCUCAAGGCAUUAUGCCAGCUGUCCCCAAGCCGGUGCCCUCCAUGUGUGUUGGACCGCGACUCCAACAUGUCUGGGAAAUGUCUUGGCUGGCUAGGAUGGGAACUGCUGUUCAACACACACGGACUGCAACAGAAAUGGGAGGGCUGCCUUGAGCAGUGGGUUUUGCUUUGACCCGGAAAGCGGGCACAUGCACUGGAAGCAUGCGAAGGUCAGAUCAUGGGGCCGGAAUGCAAAGAGGGGGCCCGCGGGGAUGAGAUCUCCUGACGUGCGCCUGGGAUUUGCUGAGCAACCAUCCCACCGUUGCUGCGUGACAAGCUGCUCCCAAGACUUCAGAGGAACUCAGUGCUGGGCUGCCGGUCAGCAACAACGCCUCCAUCCUAGGAGCAAGUGAAGAAAGCAACGCUAGUGCAUGUGUACCUGUGUAAGAACGUGUGCAAUUCUAAUUGUUGUCAACAAAGGGAUUUUCUGGUUUUGGUCCCCCACAGUGGAGAGGAAGAGGGAAAAUCAAGAACCCAAAAAAUUAAGUGGAAGGGCAGGGCAGGCAUGAGCGGUUGCUGUCUCUCCUUGCAAAGGUAGCGAUGCUCUGUAGGCCCUGCUUUUGCUGUCUUUUAUAGCUGUGAAAGAAAGAGACGUGGUGUAGGAGGUUCACAGGGGUUCAGCAUUCUGCCUGCUCCUGAUCUCAGAGGAGAUGGCUAGCAGCAUCCAUCCGUCGUGGGAAAUGCGGGUGUUCUGCUGAAAAUUAAAUUCUUGCUAGACUUGGGGCAACAGCUGGUGGCUCAGUGGAAAAGUCGAAUUCCUACCUUUGGGAUUUUUUUUUAAAAGGGGGAGUUGUUGCAAAGUGUUGGGCCUUUAUAUUGAUGAAGGUCCAGGUACUAUUUGCAGGCAAUUUGCUAUAACAUAUAGUUAGCCUUCAUCUUGUGGUAAAACAAUGCCUUAUUUAAUCGAAGCAAAAAUGUUGUAUUAAAUGAAAGUGUUUGGAAACAGGGUUUCCAUGUGGCAUCCACUUCAUCUAAAACUAGAGACAUUCUUAAGUCCAAGUUUCUCUACUGGGGCAUUCUCAGGGUGUUUUGGACUACAUCUCCUAUCUUACAUAACCAUUGGUGGGAGCUGAUGGAAGUUGUACUACAAACCAAUAGCAGUAACCAUCAUUCACUAUGACACUAAUGUUAAGACAGCGGACCUGGUUAGUACAUGAUGACAACCCUGAGUAUAAGCUGUUGAAUUGCGGGUUGCAUGUAAACCCUGUGCCAUGGUUGAACUAUGGGUUGUUAACCAUGAAAAACCGAGGAAAUCAGCCCAUGGUUUGUUAUUGGGUUCUGAACUCUGGGUUAUUAAUGGUUAACAACACACAGAUAGACCAUAGUACAGUGACUGCAUGUUAUAACUACCCACAAUUCAACAGCAACCCAUACUCUGGGUCGUCAUUAUGUGUGAACCAGGUCACUAAGGGGCACCAAGAAAGGGUGCCAUCCCCACCUGCCAGGACACUUCCCUUUGCUUUCCAUUGUCUUUCCAAAAAACAGCUACAAAGCUUGCCCUUUAAAGGAGGGGGACAUUUGGGGGGAAAGCUGUACUUGCAUGUUCACAAUGAUCAUGUUCGUUAUAUUGACCUUUCUGCACUGGGUUGGUGAAACUAAUUAUAAAAACUUUAUUGUGAAGUGAGAGCCAGUGAGUGGAGUAAUUCUCUUUUCUGAUAGCCAGAUAUCUGUUGUUUGACUCUUCAGCAGUAUGCCUAACUUGGUGCCCUCCAAAGGUGUUGGACUACAUCCCCCUUCAUCCCCAGCCAGCACUGGCCAUGCUGGCUGGAAAUGAUGGGAGCUGAAGCCCAGCAGAUCCAGAGGGCAGCAGAUAGAACAGGCUGCUCUGUGGCAUUGUUACCGUGAUUUGAAAAGAGAGUGCUGUGCGUCUCUGAUGUAAAUCUGUGGAUCUUCCUUCUUCAGCAGGUGCUCUCCAGAUGUUUAGGGGCUGCCACUUCCAUCUUUCCUGGCCAGUGAGGCCAUCCUGGCUCGCAUGAGUCAAGGUCCCCGAACACCUGGCUGGCACCAGGUGGAGGAAGGCUGCUGUAAAGCCCCAGCCUUUAGCAGUGUAUGUGCUUGCAGAUGUGGGUAUUUCAUGAUCCCUCGCAAAGCCCUUCUGUGCCAAAAGUAACCUCAGAUUGCCAGCACCCUUUGUAUGUGCUAGAAACAAGAGGAGAACAUUGUGCCAGCAGGUUGGUGCUGACAGUAUUGACAAGCAGAGUAAGGCAGAUGCUGGUAAUUUUCAUGACCCUCCAAAUUUUACCAGGCUACAGUUCCUUCCAUUCUUGAACAUUGGUGAUGCUGGCUGAAGCAGAUGGGAGUCCAAGUCCAAAACAACUGCAACUGCUGGAUAGCAGCACUGCCAGACAAAAAACCUCAGUGUGCUAGAAAAUAUAUUUAUUCCAGGCCUGCCGCAUGUUGGAUAAAAAGUCCUUCAGGGCUGUGCAGCAGCAAUAUCAAGUAGGAGGGACAUCCUGCCACACUCCACCUUUCUUUUUACCUCCAACAACAUCUGGAGUCUAGCUGUAUCUAGAGGACUAGUGGGUCCCCCUUCCUGCCAUAAGAAGUGGCCCUUUGGUUGGGCCCAAGGCCCACAGGGGCCUCAGCAACAUAGAACCUGCUUCCUGUCCCCCAACCCAGCUGCUUGUUAAAAUUUGCUGAUCAUUAAUGAAAAGUAUAGCCAUGGCCCACUCAUCUUCUGUUCCCUAAUGGUGCUGGGGAUGAAUCACUUGCCUUCUUUCUGGUGGGUUUAUUUUGCAUGCAAACACAGGCAGGGCAUCCCUUUCCUUGCUUUCCAGCUGUUCCACCUAACGUCUGAAAUAGGUGAGCUCUACUGAAGUGCAACACUUUUUGUCUUGCUUCCACCUGAAGAAGCGGCAGGUCCAACUCUGCACUUAAAUCCAAUUGCUUUUUCCUGUAGCAAUAAAGCAAGGCACCCACUAGCUUGUGCAGCUGAGGCCAUUUCAGCAGAUGCAACUUGUCACACCACAGAAUCGCCAAGGUGCGGGUGGCCUGGAAGCAUGCCAGGUCUUUGUUUUAAAUCCAUAGUUUCUGCUCAAAGAUUUAGGAAAGGACUUCACAUCUCCUAGCAUAUUUAAGAAGAUUUGAGUAGAAGAACCAAGUCCUUUAAUUUUCACUUCUCAUCACCCUACCCAUGUCAAUGGUUAGAAAAUGGUGGGAGAGGAACCAUAAGCCCAUCACCGAGUUCAGACAACACAAUAACCCACAGGUUAAGAGUGGCUUGUUAAACUGUAUGUUGUAACAUGAAUUUUCAUGUUGUCUGAACUCAACUGUGCUAACAAUGGUUUGUUAACCGCAAACAAUCCAUGAAGAGGACCAUGGUUUGUUGUGAACUUCAGGUUGUUAACUAUGGUUUGUUAUCUUGGCUGGGUUUGGACAACGCAAUCUCCUACAUUUCAAGAACAACCCAUAUGCAGUGUAAGCAGACAAGCAACCCUUGAGUGUUGGUUACGCUGUUGGAACCCAGUCCAUGAGCUGUAAUAUGCUUCACAUUCAGAAGGACCCUCAUUCAUUGCCUGGCAUCCUCAGUGAAAGGAUGGGGAGGCAGAUGAUGGGAAGGUCCUCUGCUUGAGAUCUAAGGGUGGUCCUACCAGUCACUAGACAUUAUUGGAUUAGACGGACAGAGGCUGAUGUGGUACAAGUCAUACAGACACAGGGGGCUAAUCUAUAGGACACCUGCUGCCCAGGGCCAAGCACUUAUUCUAGUUCUUGUUCUUAUUCCAGACCAGUGUCCUCCCUUUCUCAUGGCAAAGUGGAUUACAGGAUAAAGAAAGGGGACACAGCCUCUCCAAUGUGGAACUUUUCAGAUGUGUUGGAUAAUUUCCAUCAGCCCGAGAGAGCAUGGCAGAUGGUUAGGCGCGGUGGGAGUUGUCAUCAUCUAGAGGGCACAAAAUGAGGAAGCUGGCAGAGAUCUCCUCACCAUCACAUAUUGAAGAAUGCGGCAACAGGAGGCGGCAAGGCAGAGGGCCCCAAAUAGAGUCAGUUUCUGAGACAUGAGGCUCUGCACUGCCCUCCUCUAGGCUUUAGAAGCUAAUUCUAAAGCAGCCUUCCCCAGAUUGGGUCUGUCCGGUUGUUUUGGCCUGCAACUCCCAUUUGUGGUCUAAAACCAGAGCCUUCAGCACCCUCCAGAUGUUGGACUUCAGCUCCCCAACAUCCCUGACCCAGCACAGCCAGUGGUCUGGAACUCUGGGAGUUGUAGCCCUGGAAUCAGCCAGGUUUAGGAUGGAUGUUCUAAAGCGGUGAUUCCCAAAGUGGAUGGAACCACCCCCUGGGGGUGGCAGACAGAUCCAGGGGGGCGGUAAUUGGUUUGUUUAAAUUUGCAGUAGAUGAUAGACCUAAUGCAAAGAAAGAGGUAUGGGGACACUAGAGUUGUUGCCCAAGAAGAAAGGGGGCAGAAGCCCAAACAUGUUUGGAGACCACUGUUCUAGAGAAACCCAGGUUGGAGAAGGCUGUUCCAGAGUCCUGGAUUGUCAAUGCUUUCUACUUGCCUAUGUUUUUUUCUAGCUGCUUUUUCCCCACAUCCUUCUAAACUUCUGCCUGACAAAUGAAAGCCAAUCACUCCAAACAUCUCAGCAUCGCAUUGGAGGCAGAGGUCCUGGUAGACAAGCAUGGGACCCCUCUGGACUUUAUAAAGUGUAACAUUAUGUUCUUUUAUUAGCCACAGCAUCUGUUUGUAUUAUUCAGACGCAAAACGCACAAGUAUUCCUUUGUGAAGUUGUGAUGGUGAUGUAAAGAUGCAAGAGUUUGUGAUGGGGUAGGAUUGCUGGGUCUGUAUAUGCAGCAGAAUGAAUGCGUAAGAGGGGAUUGUGCCACUUCAGUCUGCAGCUGAAGGAUGAUGUUUUUAAAGGGUCCCUCUGAUUUUUUUUAAACCUCCCAGCAAGUAAAGACAACAAACCAUCUACCAUGCCAGGAAACAAAAGCCCACCUGGUGUGCAAAUUUGCUAACUGCAGGGUUGCUUUUCAAGCAGGGGGCAUUUUAAAAAAUGGGACUCUCUCCAGUCUGAAGUUGUCCAAUCAAUUGUACCAUUCCGCUUCAUGUAAACCAAAACCUACUCAGUGGAUCACCUGACUAUAUGAGGUUACUGUAGAUAAGCCCACCCUAACCUGAUGCUUCCCAGAUGUGCUGGACUAAACUCUCCUCACCCCAUGCUGGCCAGGAGUGACGGAAGCAAUGCUUAAACACAUCUGGAAUGCAGCAGUUUGGGGAAUGCUGCCAUAGUGGACAGCUUUUCUGUAUGUAACUGUUUUGUUCUGUUUUUUAACAUGAUGCUGGAUUGUGUAUGGUCUCAAGGAACGAGGCAUCAUAAACUGAAUACCCAAA